UUCAUAGCAGGACCAGCAAGGUUGAAAAACGAAUAAAGGCUGUAUACUGUGUUCGUGUAACCGUACGAACAUACAUAUGUUGAACAUCUAAAUGGCAUGUAUUUUGUUUUUGUAAUUUGACGUUGAGGAUCCAAAAGCAGGCAAUCAUAUGACGGCAAUAAUUCACCUUUUAUGAAUUCAUGAAUUCACCCUGCGAAUGUUUUUGUUUACUAUUUCUUGUUCUUUGAUGUCAGACGAAAGCAUUUUUGCAGUGCACGUGUUAAGGGAUUUAUAAAUAAAUUUUUCUAAUUCCGUUGAUUAGUAUUUUAUAAGAAAUAAAAAAACAUUUGAAGUUAUGGGCAAUAAUAAAAAGUUCAACCAGAACGACAAAGGUGUUAAAAGAAAACGGAAGUUUCAAGGAACCGCUGGAGAGGAUGAUCCUGAGUUUGACUUAAAGAAAAAACAUUUAGAAACAACACAUUUACGCGCUUUGGAAAAACGCUUAAUAAUUGUAUUGGAAGGUGCACAGCUGGAGACAGUAAAGGUUGGCAGAGUUUUUGAGCUGCUAAAUUGUGAUGAUCAUCAAAAUAUUAUGCGCAAAAACAAUCGUGAUCCUGGCAAAUGCCGACCUGACAUAACACAUCAAUGUUUGUUAAUGCUUUUCGAUUCACCGUUAAACCGCGCCGGGUUGCUACAGGUGUACGUUCGCACCGAGAAGAAUGUGCUUAUCGAAAUCAAUCCACAAACACGUAUACCACGUACCUUCAAACGAUUUGCUGGUUUAAUGGUGCAACUGCUUCACAAAUUCUCUGUACGUGCCACAGAUACUUCCGCCAUGUUGAUGAAGGUGAUAAAGAAUCCCAUAACGGAUCAUCUGCCUGUGGGGUGUAAGAAGUAUGCAAUGUCUUUUUCGGGUAAGCUUGUCGCUAACCCUCGCGAAUUGGUGCCUAGAGUACAGGAUAAUGGCAUCAACACAGACGAGCUCGCUGAGGAACCCAUUGUUUUGAUUGUGGGCGCUUUUGCGCAUGGUGUCCUGAAUCCCGACUAUUCUGAGGGGUUAUUUUCGAUCAGUAACUAUCCACUAUCGGCUGCUAUUGCUUGCAGCAAAUUAUGCAGUGCCUUUGAAGAAGUUUGGAAUGUUGUAUAAAAUGAUAUUAGUUUAUAAUCCUUUAUUUAAAUGAGUUUACUUAGAUAUUAAGUAAAAUAAAAAGAAAUUUUAAAAACUGCAA